CCGGCAAUAUCCACACGGUGCGGUGUCGAUGAAUCAGUCAGCUCUAAAGAGAUCCAAUUUGGACGUCGGACCGCCAAUGGGUGAGCCCUCCUCUAAACGUGUACCCAAGACGACUCUUGCGGUUCUUCCCGAUGACCUGGACGAAGCCACCCACCAGAGUCUGAACGAUCGUGUCCUGCGCAACAUGCAGGUCUACAAAAAUCUUGGCAUGCUUUCCCAACAAGGUGGCACUCGUCUUGCUCUUCUCCAAAGCAUUGUGCAGCAGUCAGAUGGACUACUCGUCUCGAAAGAUGUACAUGAGCUGAGUGCUCUAAUAACAAACCACCCGGAGCUGGGGGCUAAGUUGGACGAAGCGUGGAACAAAGAAUCAUUCAAUGACAUACGAAACCUGAAAAUUCUUCGUCCAGCUGUUCAGCAUGCGGGUUUUGCGGAUCUUGAAGUGAUACUUGACUCUCAGUUAUCCAAAGAUGCGGCGGUCAAGUCAUGGUCUUCCACAUACAAAGGAAACACUGCCGACAUUCUUUCCCUGUACAUGACGGGACCAUGUGGCCCUAAUGUGUAUGCUCGCCUCUUACCAGUCGUGCAGUCGUCUGGGAUGGGGAAAUCACGAAUGGUCGACGAGUUCUCCAAGUACCACUUUGUAGUCCCUUUCAAUCUCCGUAAGGGAGUUGAAGGAUAUCCAGCCCCUGACCAUGCUAUCCUCCAUUGGCUCACAUACCCUGGCCUCUCACAACUUGCGAGCGAUGAUCGCUUCAGCGCAUUUCUCACUGCGUUGUUCGAGAAACUAUCCGACGUCCUUGAUGACCUAAAAUCAAGGAUCAAGUCCUCUAAGCUCUCAGAUGCCGAGAAGACGGCCACAUUAAAGAACUAUCCUGAAUCCCUUGCCGAGCAGUUUCGGCUUUUUAUGACAGUUGGACAGCAGUUUGAUGAGCAAGGUCCUCUGCGUGUGCAAUUUUACAAGGACGUAUUGAACAGAGCGAAUAAGCUAUCUUCAGUAAGGCCGAUGACUCCUCCAGAAAUGAAAACACCGCCCGGGAAGUUCACGACAAAAACAAACGGUACGGUUGAACUUACUUCUGUCGUCAAAAGAGUAUUAGAAAAGAUCGCUCCUGAUUACCAGAGUGCACAGCAUACUCCCGUGUUGUGUUUGGCGUUUGAUGAAGCCCACACUUUGACAACUCCAAAUCCUGGUGGAGACCCGAUUCCAUUCACGUCGUUGAGACGCGCUUUGCGGGCUUUAAGGACAUUUCCUAUCUGGAGUCUCUUCUUGUCCACAACAGGAAAAUCUGACCAGUUCUCCCCACCAUCUCACCUUGAUCCAUCGAGCCGCAUUCUCAAAGGUGAACUUGUCAGUAUCAAACCGUUCAGCGCACUGGGUUUUGAUCACAUGGCGAAGGAGUUUGAUGGGGUCAUGACUCUGGAUAAUGUCACUGAGUUAUCAUAUAGGUUAUCACUAGGUCGUCCCUUAUGGCUAACACGCUACCAAGCGGGCGGAGACCGCGUCAAAGAGACAAUCACCACAUUUGCUAUUGAGAAACUUCUCUGUCGUGCAUGGAAAAGGGACAACUUGGCCCGCGCGGAAAUGUUUGCCGUGAUGUCUCAUCGUCUUGUGCUGGACUUCAAUACGACCGUUUACUCUGGUCAGCAACGAGCGGAGGCGGAAAGGGACCAGAUGCACCAAGUCGAGAGGCACAUGCGUGUAUGCUUGGGUGUCAAGGAAGGGUUCGAGUCUGUCGUCACGGUUGCAGCAUCCGAACCGAUCCUCACCGAGGCCGCGGCCACCAUCUUGUGCUCCAUCCGGGAUACGGUCCGGUCCUGUCAUAUGUUAGAAGACAUCUUGCAGUGGCCUGGAAUAAGUAAGGGAGAUCGGGGAGAACUCAUUACCUGCAACAUUAUUAUCGACACCCUAGAUGACCUUAUGUCUAGGGAAGGGGAAUGGAAGCCAGGGGGGGUCAUGGUGACCUCGUUGUUUCAGGCUCUCUUUGCCCGCGACAUCUAUGACACGUCGAUCAAGGAUUCUUUGCCUUCAAUGCUGCUGAACGGCAGCCGCAACAGAUCAUUUGCCGAGACAUUCAAGAGCUCACGCAUCUACGUCACGCAUUUCAUCAAGGUUUAUGAUUUCGAGGUACUCUCUGUCAACUAUCUCUUUAAGCUUGCUGCCCGGGGUGUCGGAGUUGUCUGUCUGGAUAAUCAACGUGGCGUUGAUGUGGUCAUUCCAAUUCUUUACAAAGACACAGUAUUGCAAGCGGACAAUAUGACUGUCCUCAUGAUACAGUCGAAGAAUGAUCAUUCUUACUCAACCAAACCGUCGCAAGACUUGUUUGACAAAAUGGAUCCGUCCAAGCUCGGAAUUUUCCCCAGGAAACAGAAAACACUCCCAGUGAUUCGGAUGGUGAUUGCACUGGCAUCGAAGAAAUCCAUUGUUUCUGUUAUAGGGCCACCUCCACGGACGCAGCCAGCAAGGCAAGGCAAACAGCUGCCUAUAUACCGGAAGAAUGCCUACACAUCAUUUGAUGUUUGGUGUGCCAGGGCUUCUUCCAGGACUUUUCGCACCAUUAGGCCUCAGGAUGUUGCGACAUAUGAUGCCUUGCUGAGGUUGUCAAAGGAUGUCCCUGAAAUGUUUGAGCCCAGUGAAACAUUGAUACAGGAUUCUGUAAGGAGGAUGUACCCUGGUGGAACUUCUCAUGCUGGUCAUUGGUCAUUUUGUACGAAAUGAAAGGCAGCUGUGUUCAAUGUAAACACUGUACUCCGGAUCCAGAUUUGAAGACUGAUGACACUAAGGUAGACAAAAUUCAAAUCCGCCUACUACUUGU